AUGUCCCAGAAUAAUUCAUCACAGCCCCCGUUUCUUGGAGACCAACAUCCUUUCACAGUCAUGUAUGCAAGGCAGGAAUAUGCAUAUCCAAAGGUUGAGGUGGAGAACGGAGAGGCUCCUGGGGUAAUGACAUAUGUCCGUGCGGCUCAACUUUCGAAUCAUCAUCACCACCAUCACCAGCAUCGCGCCGCAGAUAUGAAGAGAACAAGAAGCGGAGGGUCUGUUUCUUCCAAGAUUGCGCCAAAGAUUCCCAAGUUCCCCGGCACCGAUAAGAGUAGGGUUCAGAGAGUGACAAGAAUCCGAAAACGAACAAGAGCUCCGCGGGCCGACAAAAAUGGACCCAUCAUCAAUGGGCCACUGAGCAUCCUGACUAAAGACAUGGUGCACAUCCCAAUCCGCGACAUGGAAGCCUGGGUGAAUCGGUCCACUGAAGUCCGAAGAAAAGAAGUUGCCGCGAAAAACGGCAAGAUCGCGAGGCCAAUGAACUCUUUCAUGCUGUAUCGCUCUGCAUUCGCGGAGCGAACAAAGGAGUGGUGCUCGCAGAAUAACCACCAAGUCGUGUCCCGGGCGUCGGGUCAGAGUUGGCCACUUGAGCCGAAGGAGGUUCGAGAUUUGUACGAGCAGUACGCCACGAUUGAGCGGGAUAAUCACCAAAAGGCCCACCCGAAUUACAAAUUCGCGCCCAACAAGACACAGAACACGCCCAGGAAAAAGCAGGCGGCGGAGAAGGAGGAUGAGAAUAGCGACCUUGAUGACGCUGGGUUUGGCGUACCUGUCUGCUCGCGUCCGUUGAGAAAAUGGGCCAAUCGAUCCGACGCCGAUGAGGGAUUUGGUAGUCGCACCUCCACGCCGUUUGAUAAGGACAGCAGCUAUGAGAGUCGGAACUCGACGCCAUUUGAUCGGGAUAUGUACAUGCAUCAACCGGACAUCAACCCGUCGUCGUGGGAGACAGUGAAUCCUGGUCGACCGCUUCCAGGCGUGCUUUCCCCGCCAGAGCAGAGCCAUUACUACCAACCGUCGAUCCAUCAAAGCCUACUAGGCCCGAACAUCGAGGACGUGACUUAUAAGAAGAUGGGCAUCCCCGGCGCUUCGUUCGACACACAGGCAACGCUCACCGGCCUUCCUCGAAAUUCCCAUCCCUGA